GCUUCUUCAACAGCGACAAAGGCUUCUGAUUCAACCAACGUGGUGGUUUGCUAGCGAACUUUAAACCGAAAUAUUGAAGCGUUUAAGACAAAUCUUGUGUAUAUUACUCUUAGUGUUUUAAACACAAUUCUGUGUACAUAUCUACUAGUUCAUUGAAACGUAGAUUGCUUGUUAAAUUAGCUAAUGUGGUACAUUUAUACUGCACUAGGCUAAUCGCCCGGAACAUGAGCUCACUAAACUCGACGGAGAAAGAAGCUCUGGUGAACGGAGAGGAAGAAGCUUUCAGGAUGAAAAGGGAGGAAGAGGAGGCUAUCGCAUUGAAAGAAGAAGAGGAUGAUAUUACAGUGAAAGAGGAAUAUGGGAACGAGGUUGUGGAAGAGGACGAGGUAGAAGCAUUCAGAAUCAAAAAGGAGGAAGAUGCUGUAAUUUUGAAAGAAGAGGAAGAACCUUUUGGAGUAGAAGAGGAAGAGGAGGCUAUCUCAAUUAAAGUGGAGGAGGAAGACGUUUUGGGAGUGAAAAAGGACGAGGCUGAAGAUUCGAGAGAGAGACAUGACUAUGGUGGAUCCUCUGGGGAGCCUCAACAACAUCCUGAUGCUGAAGAGGCAGAGAAGAGUCUCUCCAGAUCAGAACACCAGAUGGACAACGCUAGCCCUUCCUCCCUCCCGGAGUCCCCGUGGCGUGCCUCUCCCGGUAGCACCAUACUGCUGGGUAUGAAGAGGUUGUCUGUGCUGCUGGUGGACUGCAGGAAAACAAAGGGGCUGAGUGGAACUGUGAGAGGAGGAGAAGAGAAGAAAGGAUCAGAUUUGACACAUCAAAGUUGCUAAGAGCUGGCAGCUCUGCAUGGAGGAAUGGGCCAAAAUAC